AUGGAUACAGUAUUUGGAAGAUCUCGGCAGAAUGAAAACCAGACAAGAAGACUGGGAUUGAUUUCCCUCAAAGCAGGAAAACUAAAUCGCAAACCAGGAACGAAAGUACUUCAGGCAGAUCAUCGUAAAGGUGUCCUUUACUUUCAACUCGAAUCUGACGAAUUAUUACAUUUCUACUGGAAACCAAGAAGUGCUACCUCUACACAAGUUGAAGAUGAUUUUAUCAUAUUUCCCGAUGAGGCAGAAUUUGUCAGAAUUCCUCAGUGCACGACGGGUCGUGUCUAUGCAUUAAAAUUUAAGUCCUCCUCUCAAAUUCACUUUUAUUGGCUUCAGGAUACGAACACUGAAAAAGAUGAGCAUGAUGUCUCGUUAAUUAAUCAACUUAUUGCCGAUCCUGUUACAGUUGCCCGUACCAUCAAUGCCCGUAAUCAGUCGGACAGUCAUGCUUCACAUGUAUUCGAUGACUCUUCAUCCACAAACCAACUGCUGCAACUGUUUGGUGCCACUGGACGUGGAGAUUCUCUUCAAGACUUCAAUUGGGAUGUACUUUCCCCUACGGCGGAGCAUCAAGGCAUCCUUCCUCAUCUUAGCUUCGGAGGUUCAGAGUCUGGUGCAGCUGCUAGCACUCGUCAUGAAGCACCGACAGAGGAAUCUGCCAGUAAUCGAGCCAUGGAUGAGGAAACUCUUCGCGAAAACCUUGAAGAGGGUCGUCCGUUGAUUGAUCUUGUGAACGAAUUGCCCUCCAUGAUUACUACCACAUCCGCUGAGUACGUCUCUUUCCCCAUUGAUGAUCAGUUGUGGCGUGUAAUUAGUCACCCACGUGUAUGCGAAAAAUUGUUUCCUCAUUAUCCACGGGAGGACCUUCUACAGAAGGGACCUGACAAUCUCCCCCAAGAUCCCGAGUUUCUGAAGGCAAUCGCUGCACUUGUGGAUGCCGUCACCUUGCCAGAAGCAAGUGCAUUGAUUGCAAAGUGCGGACUUUCGUUGGAUGAGAUACUUGAUGAGAAUGGAGCUGAACGUUUCUUACGUGCAUUAGAAACAAAACUUGUUGCCGAGGGCGUUAUCACUAUUCCUGACGUUGAAGAUGCUGUUAUGCAUGAAACAUAA